AUGCACUGGCCCGGGGAUUUCACGGGGGUGCGGUGUGUGGACGCGGGCGCGUUCAACUGGUACCCGGGGCACCACCGGCCAGUGAAGCUGGGGCAUGACGACUCGGAGGGCGCCAAGGGAGCCAUGGCCGACCACGAGGGCCACAAGGACCACAAGGGCUUCCAGUUCAAAGUCUUCUCCCUCUGCUACGUCACCUCCUUCGACGAGGUGCUGAUGCUGGACUCUGACAACCUGCCGCUGCGCAACCCAGAGUACCUCUUUGAGUCGCGCGAGUACCUGGACAGCGGCUCGCUCUUCUUCAGUGACUGGUGGGACAUCCUGGAGUGGGUCAAGCCCGAGGCCUACACCGCCUUUGGCCUCCAGUUCCCUGGCUACACCGGCGCCACGCUCGCCGCAGAGUCCGGCCAGCUGCUGCUCAACAGGAACAUGCAUGCGGACGUGCUGGAGUGGCUGUGGUUCCUGAACUCGCACGCGGACACCAUCUACAAGCUCAUGUAUGGUGACAAGGACACCUUCUCCCUCGCCUUCCACCUGGCCGGCAAGGCAGCGCAGUAUCACCAGGUGCCCAUUCCGCCCAGCUGCCCCUUGGACGCGUCAGCACAGAAUGCGGAGCCGAUCCGGUAUCUGCAUGCGGGCAUGGUGCAGCAUGACCCCAGCGGCCUCCCAGCAUUCCUGCACCGCACAGCCGAGGGCAAGGUCUACCCCUUCAACCACGGCUACAGAAAGGCGCGGCCCUUCCCUUUUGCAGUUCUCCGGGCUGACUUUCUGACGGUGCCGCUGAGCUCGAGGCGGGCGUCGGGCGUGCUGGGAAGCGACUUCAAGAAGAUGGGCCUCAAGACUGAGCAGAUCGACCACACCACCUACAGCGAGUGCCCCGUCCCUGACCCGCGGACAUUCCAUUUGGAGUGUGGGGUUUCUCUGAGGAGUGGCACAUAUCCGGUGCCGGUCAUUCCAGUGCAGGACAUCCCAGAGUUGGCCCGAGUACUGAAUGCCAGCUAUGCAAUCCACGAUGCUCUCCAGCACGCCUUCCACACCACCUUUGUGCUGGGCCAUUGA